AUGGUGGCACUUGCUGGGGGAGCACUGGAAGGUGCAAGAGCCGGCGCUUCAGCCUUCCCGAUGGCCCGCAAUUUUGGCAGAGCUGGCGGGGCUGCUGCGGGUGGGCUUGGGGCAGCAACAUUAGGUCUGGGCCUUGGCGCCGUGGGCGGCACGUACGAAGGCGCGAGGUACAUGUUGGGAGGCAACGGAGGCGACGCCGUUGCUGCUAACGAAUCGUCAGGGGAUCAGGCGCCCGACAUCAGAACGCUCAACAACAUGCAACAAGGGGCCCCGCAGCAGCAGAUCAGCCUGCGAGCUCCCAGAGUGCAGCAGCCCAUGGUUUUGCGCAUGGACGCAGACUCAGACGAUGCGCCCAUGACGCAACAGCAGAGCCAACCCAGGGCGCAAGUGAACUCGAGGCCCAUCCAAAGGCCCUUCGGUUUGGGGAACGGGUCCUUGCCUCCAACGCCUCAGCUCAGCGGGAGCGAUUCAAGCAGCAGGCAGAGGCCGCAAAGGCGAUCGAGAAUGGAGCCCUCCUUCAACGAGCUUCGUCGGGAAGCUUUGGCCCGAGAACCAGAGGCCGUAGUGACGAAGGCCGUCAACGAUGAACUCAUGCAGAGCCUGGACUACAAGAUGCGCACCUCGAAUGCAUCCUAUGUGAUAUCGCGCAAGGAUGUGCAGUAUUUCCCAAGCUCCCUCAGCACUAUCACGCCCACGACUUCUCGAGUUGUCCGCGUGCCCUUGACGUCGGGCUCCGAUUUUAUCGACCCUGAGAGCAUCAAGGUAGCCUUUCGCUUCGUCAACAACGAUGACACUAACGACUACCACCCGAUCAUGGGGCAUCCCGCCUGCCUGAUCAAGAGAAUCCAGCUUUUCGCCAACGGCCAGCGGACAGACGACAUCGACAACUACGCCAGAACCGUGCACCUGUACACGCUGCUGAAGCCGCGCGAAUGGUGGAUCAAUCAGUCCAACGAGGGCUUCGAAAUCAACGACGUCGGCGGCUUUCCCCACGCACUGCCUGAAUCGCAUUUCCAGGAAGUGCUCAUGGCACCGACCCUCGUGGGGCUGCUGGGGUGCGGCAAGAUGCUCCCUCCUCAGCUGAACCUGGUGUUGGAGAUUGAAUUCGCAGAUCCUGCUGACACGGUGCGCGGAGGCCAGAACAGCUCCGUUGACUGCAGCAUCCAAAACGUUCGCGUUCUUGCCUCGCAGGUCACCCUCGACAGCGCUCUGGUCGAAAGCUUCAACAGAGUGCUCCUGAGCGGACGCAGCCUCGUGUUCUCGUAUCCCACGGUUCACACGCAGGUGACUAGCGUGCCUGCGGGAUCGACAGAGUUCAACGUCACGGUUGCUCGCGCCUAUUCGAAGCUGCUGGGCGCCUUCGUGACCUUCAGGGCAAACGCCGCGCAAGAGGGCGUCACGGACCUGGAGCACCCCGGCAACCAAGCAGACGGCACCUCAUUUUUGGAGUCGCAGAUGCAGAUCGGAUCGCUCCAAUAUCCCCAUUACCCUGCAAAGGACUUCGCAGAGCACCACCACUUCCUUCAAAUCAUGGCCGGCACCUACGACUCCACAUUCCGAAACAUGCGCCUGACCAAGAACACA